AUGGCACUCAAUGUCUUGAUCGUAGGAGCAGGCAUCGGCGGCCUGAUGGCUGCGAUUGCUCUCAGAGAACAAGGACAUGAUGUGACUCUCCUCGAGUCAUCACGGUUUAGCAACGAAACUGGAGCAGCUAUUCAUAUGGCACCUAAUGCAAAUGGCUUGCUCAAACGCUUCGGAGUCGAUAUCGAGAAGGUGGGCGCAAACGAAUGCAACCGAAUCGCACAGUACCAUGCCGAGUCAGGGAAGGCACUUUUCCAGGUCGAUCUUACAAUGCCAAACAAGCAGUGGCAACACAAAUGGCUCUUAGUGCAUCGUGCUCACUUGCACACUGCUCUGAGGGAAAGAGCCAUUAGUCAGGAGGGCAAAGGCAAGCCCGCUACGCUCAGACUAGCCAGCAAAGUUGCUUCUGUAAAUCCUGAGAAGGCAGAGGUCACUUUGGAGAGCGGCGAGAAGGUAUCUGGCGAUAUUCUGCUUGGAGCUGACGGUGUUCACGCUUUGGAUCUUGAUGAUGCAGAGAAGUAUACGCCGUUCGACUGCGGUCACAGUGCAUACCGCUUCCUGGUACCGAAGGAAGAAGUCAUGGCCGACCCAGCCUGCCGUGAAUUUGUCGAACCGGACGGUAUGCUCUGCAUGAUUGUUGGUGAAGACCGCAGAGUUGUUGUGUACCCUUGUGUUGACAACAAGCUCAUGAAUUUCCUUCUGAUACACCCCAGCAGCGAAUCACGUUCAGAGGAUGCCGGCUGGAACCAACAAGGUGACAAGAAGCGCAUGCUUGCAAGUGGCGCCAGCUUGGCACCUCAAGUUCGUGCUCUUCUGGAGAAGGCCCCCGAAGACAGCUUGAAGGUCUGGACUCUACUGGAUAUGCAAAUACUUCCUACGUGGAUCAAGGGUAACAUGGCAUUGCUGGGCGAUGCAGCUCAUCCAUUCCUGCCCCACCAAGCGCAGGGUGGAGGGCAAGCUAUGGAAGAUGCGGUGUCGUUGGCAGCCAUCUUACCUUAUGGCACCCCGAAGGAAGACAUCCCGGAGAGAUUAAGACUGUAUGAGCAGUGCAGGCGCGAGCGUGCAAAUAAGAUCCAAGAUGGUACGAGACUGAGCGGAACCUCUCAAAAGGACCUCGCAAAGAUGGGCAAGAAGUACGAUGGUCAGUAUUCUUGUUGCCGUGGCUUCGGUUUGUUUCUUACUGACAUUGGUGUGAUCNNAGCGUUCGCCUUUACCAAUUACAACUUCGGUCACGAUGAGUGGGACUUCUCAAAGAAUGCUUUGAACAAGCAUCUCUGGUCCAAGCAGCCACAUCGAUUCCGGCAGCCAGUGUCGUUCGGCCCUAGCCCAGGACCACGCCAGCCUCUGAAUGCCCAGCCGGAUGUGCAUUCGGUAGCAAAGCAGAACCAGACGAUCGCCUCAAUCCGCUUCAAAACUUCAAGGACCUAUCUCCAGAACCUGUUUCCCAGCUCUUCGUUUUCUUUCAUGUCUCCAGCAACAGUCGCUGAAGCCUCUAUCGUAUGUUGCUCACUACGCAACAUGACAUGGCUGGGUGACACAGGAUACGACCACUGUGGUUUAUACAUCCACGGAGUGAAAUACACCAAGAAGGAUGGCGAUAUCCUACAAGGAACAUUCCUACCGAUCUUGUUCGAGAACUUGACUGACCCCAUCAUUACUGGUCGUGAAGAGCUUGCUGCACCCAAGCUGGGUUGUGAUAUCGACGUCUCAGCUUCUGGUGACUCUCGCAAUGUACGCAUGAGUUGGCGCGGUACCACUUUUGCCGAGCUCGAAUGGAAUGACCUUCAUGCAAAGCCCCAAGCAAAUGGUACUAAUGGCACGAACGGCGUGAACGGUGUGAACGGCACCCACGUCAAGCCACCGGGCCCACCCGGACCUCCAAUGCCAAAGAUCGAAGACAAUGGCUUGUUCAUGUAUCGCUACGUGCCAGCUGUGGGUGAGCCGGGGAAGGCGGACGCCGAGUAUGCUGUUUUCGAUGAAUACGAGAAGAAAACACCAUCGUCUGCAGAGGCUCAGCAAGGAGUACAGGAUCAGACAACCAAGUCGGCCACAAUCAAGUUCUUGCCCGGUGAUUGGAGUUCGCUACCAACCCUUCAUCACAUUGCACAAGGCCUUGCAGAUGUACCAUUUUAUGGAAUUGUGGAGGCUACCGUGAAGGAGGUACCAUCAGUGGGCGAUGUUAGAGGAGCAAGGAGGAUCGAGUAG